AUGUUGUAUUUGGUGAAGCCUGUAGACCUGAGACCAGUGGGGUAGAUGGCAAAGCAGGAUCAAUUAUUUCUGAGAUAGACCAACGUGCUCUGAAUAAAACAUGUGAUUACUUGUCUGUAAAUAGUCUUAACUCUACACUUGGAAGUCCACCACCUCUGAUUCAGAUAAAAAGGGGUGGAGAAUGUAAAGAGAAAACUGAAAGUAAAAAUCGGAAAAAGUUUGAGACAAAGAGUUACUGGGAGUUAUCUGUCCAACACAGACACAUUUGAUCUACAAUGGCCACACCCAUUCCACAGCGGCUGCUGGCUACCCUAGAAAAACUAGACAAGGCUACAUUUGAGACCUUCCAGUGGAACCUGAUGGAGGAAACACUCGAAGGCUUCAAUCCCAUGUCAAUCGCCAGUCUAGAGGAUGCUAGCAGGCACAAGACAGUGAGUAAGAUGGUACAGGCCUACACGAAAGAAGGUGCUAUGAAAAUCACACAGAAGAUCCUGGAGAACAUAGGAAUGAUUGAUCUAGCAGAUAAGUUAAAGACAGAGGGCAAAAAAGAUCAAGAUGCUACUCCCCAGUCUAGCCAGGAUCCAUCUGCAGUCAUGGAGACAAAGCAGUAUGGUGCCCAAUUUGUGGAUGAUAACAUGGAACAACUUGUUCAAAGGAUUUCCCUGGUGAUGCCAAUAGCAGAUGGCCUGUACCAGAAGAAAAUGAUCCAUUAUGAGGAUUACUCUGAAAUCACUGCGGCCCAAACCAGUAUGGCAAAGAUGAGAAAGCUAUAUGGGGCCCUGCAACCAGGAGGAUCGGUAGCUAAAUCAGCCUUUUACCAAAUUCUACUGAAUCAACAACCUCUUCUAGUCAAAGAACUGGGUGGGGUUGUCCAGAAAUGAAGUCAUAACUUGAGCGGCUUCUACAGUCUUGAUUGCAUACCGAAGACAGCGAACUAGGACCCGGACUGGGAUUUGCCACCAGACAAGAGAAGUCAUACAAAAACCAUCUUUAAUAGUUUUACUCUAUAAGAUUUUGAAAUACAGUGUGUGGGAAUCACAUGAAACUGGUGAUUAGAGGACAGCUCAUACUAAGGGCUUGAAUGGAGGAAAUGGAAUGGUAUCAAACAGAUUGAUCUGUCCAUUCAUUCUGUUCCAGCCAUUACUAUGAGCUCAUCCUCCCAAAUUAAGGCACCACCAGCCACCUGUGGUGGGAAUACUGCAAAUAUCUCACCCUUAUGCCGAAACAUACCUGGAAACAUUUUCAUUACAAAAAAAAGUUGGUCCAAUACUACAACUGUGAAAUUUAAGAGUUUGUCAAUGUGGUGAGUGUUCAGGUCCAGGUGGUGGAUAGGAUAUUUUUACUCACAGUGUAAAGUUGCUCUUUAUUCUACAGAAAAUCACUGUGUAAACACAAAUCAUCACUACAUGUGCACUUUAUAACUGUGUCAGCUUGGAGAGCAGCGCAUAGAGACCUCUAUUUACAAGCAGCCCAUUAAGUAUAUUCUCUGCUCUUUUAAUGUGGAACAGAAAGCAUUUUAGCAACAGGACAUCUUAUUCAAAUCUUUUUUAUACACCCCCAUUUUCUGGAAAGCGAGCACUUAGAUACAUGGUCAUUAACACAUUUUCAUGAAGUCUUUGAAUGUUUGGGAAUUAUGUAUACUUAAGAAUUUGUGAAAAUUCAAAAGCAAUAUUGAGUGGGAAAGUGGCCACCGGUUUGGACAAUUAAGACACUGCAGCAAAUAAAACCUAAUAAAAACAUCUGUCUCGUCCAGGACUGGAGUCCACGCAGACCGUUGCUCCAUAGCCAAUCUGAAUAUCCACAUUACAGCCUUAUCCUAAAACUGAAUAAAUAUUUUUCUUCUUCAUUCUACACACAAUUCCCCAAAUUAACAAAGCGAAACAGUCUUUUUAGAAAUGUUUGCAAAUGUAUUACAAAUAAAAACAGAAAUACCUAACUUCCAUAAGUAUUCAGACCCUUUGCUAUAAGACUCAAAAUCGAGCUCAGGUGCAUCCUGUUUCCAUUGAUCAUCCUCGAGAUGUUUCUACAGCUAGAUUGGAGUCCACCUGUGGUAAAUUCAAUUGAUUGGACAUGAUUUGGAAAGGCACACACCAGUCUAUAUAAAGUCCCACAGUUGAUAGUGCAUGUCAAAACAAAAACAAAGCCCUGAGGUAGAAGGAAUUGUCUGUAGAGCGCCGAGGCAGGAUUGUGUCGAGACACAGACCUGGGGAAGGGUACUAAAAAAGUCUCUGAAAAGUCUCUGAAUGUCCUUGAGUGGCCCAGCCAGAGCCCGGACUUGAACCCAUUCGAAAAUCUCUGGAGAGACCUGAAAAUAGCUGUGCAGCGACGCUCCCCAUCCAACCUGACAAAGCUUGAGAGGAUCCGUGCAGAAGAAUGGGAAAAACUCCCCAAAUACAGGUUUGCCAAGCUUGUAACGUCAUACCCAAGAAGACUAAAGGCUGUAAUCACUGCCAUAGGUGAUUCAACAAAGUACUGAGUAAAGGGUCUGAAAACUUAUGUACUGUAAAUGUGAUAAAUGAUUUUUUUGUGGCAAAAAAA